GUGUCGGAUUCCGUUUCGGUAUUUUCGAAAUCAUUUUGCGGAUACGUCCGACAAAACGUUCGAGGACAUCUCGUAACGUGCGAAUGUCGUCCGUAUAGGAUCGCGUGAUUCAGCCGUGGUCACCGGAAAAAAGAUAUUCGGUGAGUCGAUGUAAUCCUCGAUAGAAGCGUGGGAAACUAGGAAGCGCGAUAAAAAGCAAUGCAGAACGGACUUUUCUACAGCACGUAUAUGCAUACAAAGCUCAAGGUUAUUGAAAUGCAUUCCGUUGUGCACGCGUGCGACCAAAAUCAAUCUUAUCGAAACAUCUGGAGUAUUUCAGCUCGACUGGAAAUAAAAGUUACGCCACGUGAAUUUUUGAAUCGGAAGCCAAGAAAAUACAGACGUUUCAUUGAACGUGAAUAUGAAGUACCUGGAAAAAGGUUUGUAAAAUCGAAAUUCAAAUUUCGACUUCGAAUAUCCCAAAAUAUCGACGUGGUAAAGAGUUCGAAAAAUUCUAUGGAACACGAGCGUGAUUAAUAUUAUUACGGUUAUCCACUUUCCAUUUGGGAUUCGGUUAACCGUUAAGCUGUGAUAAAAUCUCCGGCAAAAGCGUCGACAUGGUCCGCGAAUCGUUAGAACUGAACCCCAUGCGUGACCGUUUCGCCUUCAAAGGCAUCGACCCUCGUGCGACGACUGUUACGAUCCGCCCUCUACGCCUUUUCGGUUCGAACAAUACCGAAAAAUUUAUCGACGCCAAUUAAUCGAGCGAGAUUGUGUAGCGGAUAAAUAAUUCUCGCCGUUUUUAAACACAGGGAAAUGGUCGCUCUCUGCGACACCGUCAAAUUAUUGUCGCGAGUUCGCGUCAACCCUCAGAUAAUCGGCGUACAGACUCGCUGCUACGGUAUGAAUUAUUCGUCGGUCGACGUCCGAAGGGAGAAGUGAUAAGAGGAGAACAAAAAAAAAAUGUCGAAAGUUGAGAAGGUUUGAAGAAAAUCCGAGAUUCUCAAAAUUAUGUGAUAUGCGUACGUACGUAAUACUCCGUUGGUGGAGUUAUGGGCACCACGUGACGUUUACGAGGCUGAAGAAAAUUUAGCCAUAGCGUUUCUGAAAGGGAAUUUAUGUUUAUGAGUUACAUUGCAAACAUAUAAGCAAAAUUGCGAGCGGCUAGAAGGAAGUCGAUAUUUCCCAGUUUUUUACAGCCGAAGCUGGCUGAUUCCAUCAGAUUUAACUCAAGCCGUAAAAGUAAAUUGUAGAAAAUGCAAAAAACAAUAAAUGUGGUCGGAUAUUUCUAAAAGUGCGUUCAGUUGGUCGAAUGCACUCAUUGUCAACGCUAGCCACAUUGAAAAAUCGCCAAACUUCGGGAUGAUUUUUCUACCGAGGUUAAUCUUAUCGGUAACAAUUUUGAUCGCCUGCAGACUUACGGAGGCCAAUGCGAUUUCCCUGAAUAAAUUCGAAAUUGGCUACGAUAACGAAUUGCGGGUUGAAAAAAUAUUGGCAAAAUUCAUGGUCGACCUGAAGAAGAUUACGGUGACCAAAUGCAGUUACCGCUACGUUGUCGUCGUGGCGAAAGAACGGAAGGAUUUCCAAGCGGCUGUGGGAUUUUCAACAGGAAGCUCUUGCGUUACCGCUACUCCGGCUGUAUUGAUACGCAAAUUUGCUACGCCCAGAUCGUUUUGCGCGAUAACUUUUUUUACCGAUGGCGUUGACGAGUCGGAAUUGAACUCGACAUUGGCGAAAAUACCGAAAAUGUACACGAGCAAUGUUUGGUUGAUUUCGACGAGCCAAAACGACAACUACGAGACGAUAGCAGCUCGGUUACAGCUCGCUCGAAAUAUGAAAAUCCGAAACGUGAAGGUCGCUCAUCUGGACCGAUCGGGAGUAAUGAAAAUAUACAGAAUUAAUCUACUUCCGGACUGUAGCCACAAGAUGAAAUUGGUGAACUCGUGGACGUCUGAAAACGGUUUUAUAACGAAUACCGCUAUCUUUGAUUCGUAUCGUUUGUCGCCUGACCUGUUCGGAUGUCACAGACGGAUCAGCUCUACGUCGUUUGGGCGAGAUCCGUUGAAAUCGUUGCGGAAGUUCUUGAUUGAGACCAUUGCGGAUGAUUUGCAUUUCGUUCCGGUAAUGCUAGAGCAGCCGAUGCGGAAGGAAUUCGUCUCUGUUCCUGAUAAGACCCCACGAAAUUUCGUCGUUGCAGAUGUAAUUAGUGGAAGGGCGGAUUUUGGUAUUGGCAUGAUACGACCGACCUUGGAAAACGUAAGAUAUCUCGACUUCACCGAGGCUUACACUAACGAAUAUUUGGUUUGGACCGUCCCAGUGACGAAGCCGAUCAGGUAUGAAAUAUUUUCGGCAUUUACACCGCUCAUCUGGGUUUUCAUUAUUCUACCGCUCUUCCUCUACUCUUCACUGGCCUCCGUCAUCUCGAAGUGGAAGACCGGCAAAUACCACGUGGUGAGGAGUAUAUGUGACGUGAUUUCCAUUACUUUGAACUACGCAAUCGUUUAUUACCCCGCCGGGAUAACGAAGACGUCGUUGUUCAUAAUUUACCUAAUGUAUGCUCGAAUUAUCGCGACAACCUACUCUACGUGGCUGGCUUCAACGCUGGCCUCGGCAUCCCCGUUUUCGGAAAUCGAGAGCGAGAUGGAAAUCGUUGCGUCCGGUUUCCGUGUCGGAGGGUCUGAUUUGAAUCGUGUUACGUUCAUUGACCAGACGGACGUGAAUAGUACCUCGUAUGCGCUGAUAAAUCGUUACGAAAUCAUACCGUCCACGGACGAAGCUUUGAAGCGGAUCGACAGCGGCGAGAAGUUAGCUUUACUGGAAAGAUUGUCAGAAGUCAACCGUGCUACGAUUAAACGAUUGAUGAAUAAUGAGUCCGCAAUGUAUUACCCGAUAUCGAAUGAUCGGGUUCGCCUUUACGGCGCCUCAAUUUGCCUCGAUAAAGGGUCAUCGAUCACCGAACGCCUCGAUAUUCUCUUGUCAAGACUUACCGAAUCCGGCAUCAUAAGAUUUUUUGAACAGAAACAUGCAAUUCUCAGGAGCCUGAUUACCAGAAAAAUUAUUCAGGCGACCCGAGAACAGUCAGCUACGAUAAGCCCCAUAUUUUUUAAUUACAUUACGAACUUGGUUGCAGCCUGUCUGUCUUUUAUCGGAGAGUUAAUUUUCUCCAGAUUUAGGAUUGGCUACCCUCGUAAUUAUCCCGGCAAUCGAGGGUGAUCAUGGAUGACCGUUCGAGUAUAUACAUAUUUUUUUAUAGUCGCAGUCAGUACGUAGAAUAAAUCGAGUGACGAACAUCAAUAUGGCUAAUAGUGGGGGUAGUGGUUGUUCUACCUAGCGUCAAGAAGGGUGUUGCAUGCUAUCAAAUAUAUGAUUCUUCGUAGAUAGCCUCGGUGAGUAAUUUUUUGAGCUUUGUCAUUCUUUAUUCGUUGCGCUUUUUUCCUUCCAAGUUCUCAUUUUCAGGAUGUAUAACGAAAUACCGUUGUCACGAAAGCUAUGUUUAUUAAAAAAUAUCAUAUUCUUCUUUGCACACGUGUGAUUGAAAUACGCAAAAUAAAACUUUUGUUUAAUCAUAAAGUUUUGCUGUUCGCUAGUUGGACGGUUAACGAAUAGGACCUCAAAUAAUAUAAAUCGUGAACGAUGUGUGUGUACCAUGAGAAGUCAUGUUUAAUUCAAACCAAAAGUAACAAAAUAGUAUUAGUAUAAUAACCCGAUAUUGUCUCUAGUUGAAUUUGACAGUAGCUGAAUAUCCUUGCACUUAUUUCCAUCAAUAUCCAUACGCAUGCAUCACCCCA